AAGCUCGCUUUGUUGAUGUCCUCGCAAAGUAAUACGCUCAGCCCUACAGCAACGGAUAGCUUGGACGAUCGAUCAGGGCCGGAGUCUUAGGGUUUUGUCAAUGGAGUGCUAGGUGGUGUACGUGGACUACUGCGUGUGCGGAUGUGGCGAUGCAAGAGGCGUGAUUUGGUGAAUGUUGUUAUUGUGUUGCCUGCGUUGUUCGCUGCUGCUUCCACGUCGUCUCACUACUCCCGCUCGGUCGCGGCUCUUGCCGAAAGGGAAGGGCCUGGGCGGAUCAAUGCCGGCCCGAUGUGCUUACGUUUGUUCCUUCUUAUUUUUGGAUCUCGGUUGGGAAUCAACGCCUUCUGGGAAUAUCUCGCAAGCUUUUCCUCCACAGAAUCAGAUCAGAUCAAUCAUCAACCUGCGCCCCGCGCGGUGACGCCACAGCAAUUCAUCCGUUCAGAGUGGCUAUCUAACCCCCCUGCUUCCAGAAGGAGUUAGCGAUCCCGCUGGGGGACGAACUGCUUGCCAAGCCUUAGAUGCAGAUCAUGACCCUGGCACGAUGAAUCCGGAGGGAAAGGCGUAUCAUGAGCGCUUCAUGCGCGA